CAAUAGACGCUGUUGUUGCUGCAUGAUGGCGCACUGGGAGCAGAUGUCCUUUUUGGCCUAAAGUUAUAUAAAAAAUGGUUGCUUAUUUUGAUAUUCUGCAUCUUAACAUAGCAAGGAGCAAUGAAGACGCUUUGGAAAAACUUUAGACAUCAUAAUGCCUCAAAUUAAUAGAGCCUUUCGAAAAGCAAACUCCAUUUCAGCAGGCAGUAAUCCACUUAGCCUGGAAGCCAUGGCGAUUUCACCCCUGCAAGUAUUCGUGAGAGCCAAGAAAUUAAUUAAUCAAACGUUCGACGAACUUGCCAGGUACCUUAAAGAAACGAGGGAUUUUUUAACUGACUGUGAGAUUACUGAUGAGCUGGAUCAUGAGACGAGAAAAGACUUGCAACAGGUAUCAAACUAUUUGGAGCAGGUAUCUGGCAUUACAGCAGUUCUGUCAAGGGAUCACAUGAAAGUGGCAUUUUUCGGCAGAACAAGUAAUGGAAAAAGCACAGUCAUUAAUGCUAUGUUGCAAGACAAAAUACUGCCAUCUGGUAUUGGUCAUACAACAAAUUGUUUUGUUACCGUUAUGGGAUGUAAUGGAACUGAAGCAUAUAUGAAUACACCUGAUUCAAAGGAGAAGAGAAGUGUGGAUUCAUUACAACAACUUGCACAUGCAUUAGGAGAAGGGAAAAUUGACAGCAGCAGCCUCAUUCAAGUUUUUUGGCCAAAAGAUGUUUGCACAUUGCUCAGAGAUGAUGUUGUCUUUGUUGACAGUCCUGGAAUUGAUGUCACCCCUGACCUAGAUAGCUGGAUUGACAAACAUUGCCUUGAUGCUGACGUUUUUGUCCUUGUUGUCAAUUCUGAGUCUACUCUGAAUCAAACAGAAAAGAGCUUCUUCCACAAAGUCAAUAAUCGUUUAUCAAAACCAAACGUUUUUAUAUUGAACAACAGAUGGGAUGCUUCGUCAGACGGGGACCCUCAAAUGAUGGCCAAGGUUAAGCAGCAACAUUUGGAACGUACUACAAACUUUUUAGCUGAUGAACUAAAGUGUGUUAACAAGAGAGAAGCGAAGGACCGCGUUUUCUUUGUCUCUGCUCUUGAGACAUUACGUCACCGAAUGAAACAGAAGCGAAUGCAAGGACAACCAGCACCUGCUGUCAAUUUGCAACGAAGCGAAAGCAUCGAAAGUGACAUCAAUGACUUCGUUGGAGAGCACAGGGCAAGGCUGAUCGAAUUCGAGAAUUUUGAGAUAAAGUUUCAGGAAUGCAUCUCAAAGUCUGCCAUCACCACAAAAUUUGAAAGCCAUGCUUCAAGAGGAAAAGGAAUCACUUCACAGUUAAGAUUAAUUAUGGAACAGGUUGUUGGCAGGGCCUACUCACAAAGACGUAGAUGCGAGGCUCAAAAGCAAGACUUGGAAGAGAGGCUGGAGUACAUGACAGUCAGCUUUGAAACCCUUACUAAAGAAAUCAAGAACAAAAUCCUUAAUUUUUCGGAAGAAGUUGAGCAGCAGGUUGCGAAGGCCAUGUCAGAUGAAAUUCGACGUCUAGGGUACCUUGUUGGGGACUUUGAUUACCCCUUUCAUCCGCACCACGGCUUCUUAAAGACGUAUAAAGCGGAGCUUUAUUCUCAUAUUGAAAAAGGACUUGGAAAGAAUCUAAAAGCCAGGUGUUCAGCAUUGCUGCUUGACUCGAUUGAGGAGUACAAAAAGGAAAUGAGAGACGGAAUUCACUUGUUAAUACCUCCUAAUGCAGAAAGUGUAAUCGUGCAGUUGACACCCAGACGUGACUUUGAAGUCAGUUAUGAGUUGGACGUCCAUUCACUUUGCACAGAUUUUCAAGAAGAUAUUUCGUUUCAUUUUUCAUUGGGAUGGACAAAUCUUGUGAGACGAUUCUUAGCACCAAGAAACGCCAAACUCGCGAUGUUGCUAGGAGCCAAUAUCAGCAAAAGUUCACCAAUCGCCGCAAUUGCAACCGCUGCGCGACAAGCAAAGGAUCAGUUCCAACACGAGGCUGAAGAAGAGAAGACCUCGUCCAUGGUUGCUAGGCGACAGGAUGACGUGCUAGAAUACCCUGGUCGUUAUGAUGAAAAUGAAUUGACAGUGGCGGUGGUCCAUGCUUUAGCAUCGGUGACAUCGACGACGUCAUGUGGAAUCCUUGUUGUUGCCGGACUGGUCUGGAGGACUCUCGGUUGGAAACUGAUAAUAGGCAUAGUUGGUGGUUACGGAACUUUGUACGUGUUCGAAAGGGCGAGGUGGACCAACUCUGCGAAGGAAAACUCUUUCAAAAAACAGCUUGUUAGCUAUGCUUCAGAGAAGUUGCAACUUGUUGUGAGCUUCACCAGCAAAAGUUGCAGUCACCAAGUUGAACAGGAAUUAUCAUCGACGUUUAUGCAGUUGGAAACAGAAAUAAAGAACUCAAAAUCGAAAUUAAAGAAAGAAAUAGAUGAAUUAAACAUUGAAAUGAAAAGAUUAGAAGAAGUCGAAGCAAAAGCUAAAGUUUUUAGGAAUAAAGCGUCGUGGCUUGAUAGUGAGCUUAAUGGCUUCAUCAAAGAAUUCGGAUUGUCUCGAAGUAAAAUUUGACAGCGUUGCAAAUUGAAUUGUGAACAACUUGAUUGAGCGUGCGUCGUCAAUACUCAAGGAAAGCCAGACAUCUCCAUACUGGAAAGUUUAAAGUGUUUAUGGCCUAACUUACUAUUGUGAACUGUGUCUUCAUUGUUCUUAAUGGACGGGUGUGACUGGGUUAUUUAUUGUGUUUUGAAGUGAGUUUUAUCAUCAUGGUGAUGUUUAGUAUAUAUUUCAUUAAAUAGUUAGCUUAUAAUAAACACGGAACAUGUUUGUUCCUGUAAUUUAGGCCCAUUUAUUUUGUGCUUGAUUUGUGUAAAUGCAUGUUUUGCUAAUCACUUCGUCUUUGGAAGGGCCUUUGAGGUAGAAACUAAGCUUCUGGGUCUGAACAUCAAGCCCAACACAGCUUCAGUACGUUUCUUCCAAGGCCCCCAGCCAGAAUGGCAAGAGAAAGUGGUUUCUGUAUUUCUAUUUCUGUAUUGGGGCCUGUUAUUGUUCGAUAUAGAGGUAACUGUUUGACCCCCUUUUUAUAUUUUAUAUAUUUUAUAUGAAAGAGACUCCAUCAAAUAUCUCUGAAAUUGCCACAUUGGUUGCAAUUUAGCUGUGCUGUUGUCAGUGAAAAAGCACCACACAUUUGCAGUGCUCUUUUAAUUAAUGUGACCCCAGUUCAGUUCAGGAAAUUCCAAACAAUAUAUUUUAACAACCAUCAUCAUUGGAACUCUAUUGUCAACGAUAUCGAAUGAAAUCAAAGGGAUAGUAAUUAUUUCCUAAACUCUAAAUGUUCCUUCAAUGGUUCAUUUAAAGCUCUAAUGUUUUUAAGAGUUUUCACGAAGACAGCGGGGGCAUUGAAGUAUGCUUGAAGUAAACUUGUAUGUAUAUGCAGCAAACUUGUCUAAAAUAGUUUAACCCUUUAACUUUCUUUACUGCUAAUUCGUUUGAUCCCACUUAUCUUUAUUCAAAGUCAAUAAAUACUAAUUAACUAAUGAUAUUUAUGACAACUCUGUAAAAUUAUCUGUCAUGAAAGUGCAAUAUUUUCGUAGGUUUUUAGAAAGAAUGCCUGUGAUGGUUUCGUGAAAGUUAUUGACAAUAGCAAUCAUGAAAAAUGGUUUAUUAGAAAAUACACAACGUUAUGAUUGAA